AUGGUCAACAUGAUUCCCAAGCUAUCAUGGAAGAUGUUGGAAGUUUUGGAGUGGCUCAUAUGGAUUUCCAAGUCAGGAUUCAUAUGCUAUAUUCCCUUCACAACAUGUUGUAGUUUGGAGAUUUUUUGGUUGCAAAUAGCACUCUUUGUUAUGAUGUCAUUGCCCUCAAGCUUGAGGGUUGUUGGCACAGCCUCUGGCUAUCUUGUUCAUCAACACAAACACAAAACACUCUCCUCAAGCAUAGUUGGUGGAUAUGGGGGGGAAUUCUACCCAGUGGGUAUGUGGGGAGGAUUUGUGCCCACAGGUUGUGAUUUAGGGUAUAUGGGGAGGAGAGUCAAAGUUACCAAGUGCAUUUGUGAGAGGUGGUGUUUCUUUGUUCAAGCUCUAGGUCGUGAUAUAGGUUGGGCUGUUUUUUCUCAAGUUGGGACCCAAAUCGAUGUCAGAACCAUGAUUUGGACCCCAACUUUGCAUCCCAACUUUGCUCUCCAACUCACCUCUCAACUUUGCAUUGUAGAGCUAAACAUGACAAAGCCCAAACUGACCAACUUUGUCCCCAACUUCCAUGCAAGUUGGGGACAAAGUGGUGAUCAAAGUUGGGCCCAAGGUGGCCUACUGUGA